AUGGAGAAUGAGUUAAUGCGUUCACCAUCCAGGGGAACCAACGGAGACGGUCCGGUCUUCUUCUCUUGUGCUGCAGUGCCCCCCAGUGGCGCUAGAUUCCUCACUGUUGGAACAGCUUUACUGGAAAAGUGUCAGCAGCUCAUGGCCAACGACAGUAAGAUUGAUGUGCUGUCAGAGCAGCUAAGUGAGAAAGAAGAAAAUGAGAUGGACGCAGUGAGUAUGAGGAGAGAGAGCAGCAUGUCCAGUUACUCCAGAGAGAUUGAAGAAAUGAAGAACGAGUAUGUGCGACUCUCAACUAGGUGUCAGUAUCUAGAGAACAAAGUUGCGCAGAAAAAGGACUCCACUACAGAUGAAUGGGCCUCACCCAACACCACAAUUGAUCUCCAAAACUGCCUCCGUGAUGCCUUGGAGAAGAACAAGCAGUGGCUGGAAUAUGACCAGCAGAGAGAGGCCUAUGUGAGGGCAAUUCUGGCCAGAAUGUUAUGGCUGGAGAAGCAGCUGAACGAAGCAAAUCAGGCCCGCUCACAGCAGCACAAUGAGGACCAUUCAGAUGAGAAGGAGCAGAUGAGGCAGAUGCAGAGGUAUUAUGAAAGUCUGUUACAGAGGGCCAAAGACCAGCUGGAUGUGCUCAGGAAGGAGCUCGACGUGGCCCAGCAUAACUUGAUAAUGACCCAAAGUUGGUGCAAGGAAGAGAGUGAGGUGGAUGAGCUCAAGCAACAGCUGCAGACUGAAAAUAUGAACAGAGAAAGUGCACAGGAAGAUCAUCAUUACUCUGAGGAUGAAGAGCACUGGCUGACUGCUGUGACUGAAGACCUUCAGUACAGACUGGAUGAGGAGGAGCGCGAGUCAGCUAGCUCUGAGCUGCAGUCCACUCCCUUUGAAAAGUUUCUGUUAGAUCGUCACUGUGCUGACCAGGAAAGGAUUGCAGACCUAGAGCGACAGAUCAAGAUUUCUUCGCAAGAUCUGGAGGAUGAGAAACAGGACUGUUUGUAUUUACAGAAGCAAAUGGUCAGGAUUCUGAAGACGCUAAAACCUAAAGACCAUGUGACGAAGCAGUCGAAGAGAGACCGGCAGGAUUGCACCUCGUGUGAAGAGGCAUACCCACCCUCCCUGCGCUCCAGAGAUAGCCUUACAUCCUCCACUCACAGCAGCUCGCUGAAUGAAAGCUUCCUGGAGUGUCCCGGCUGCCGGUCCCAGUAUCCUGCCAGUCACCACAGAGAACUGAUGACCCACCUUGAAGUCUGUCUGGACUAACCAGGGGUACAAGUUAUCUGAAUAAACUACAGUUGUGAGUUGCAGAGGUGCUUAUGAUUAUUUUAAAUUAACCCACAAAGCUUUGGUUGGCUUUAAAGUUCUUCCUCACUCAUUUUUUUAGCUAUGUUAGUGGUUCUGUAGAUAUACAAGGUCCCUAAAGGAUACUGCUAAUGACUCAUCCAGUGAAAUAUCUCAACAUAUAUGAGAUGUAUUGAUACAGCAUUUGUUACA